GCCUCGUGCGCUGCUGUUUCAAAUCAGACAUGCAGCGCCACUGCGGCGGCGGCUGGCGAAAUGUCCCUGUUCCCUCCGCACAGCCGCGCCUGGUCGCAGUAGGUGGACGAUGGCAACUCGCAGCGCAAGCGGUUGUACGCGGCGAAAACAGUCGACUUCUAUCUACUGUUGCGUGUGCGGAUGUCAUAAUAGCUACAAGAACACGGCCGGGAAACUGCCGAAGGUGCAAUUUUAUCAUUUUCCUUGGAAAUCGUACGAGGCUGAUCGGCGACAACGUUGGAUCGCUGCCGUUCGGCGCGACCGCCCGAAUGGAGAUUUGUGGCAACCAGUGCAACGCAAGACAGUCAUCUGCAGUGCUCACUUUGUCGGUAACAAAGCGAGCACGAUUGCCGGCCAUCCCGCCUAUGUACCAACUGUGUUUCCGCCGUGUUACAGAAGAAGUGAUGCAGUACUACCGGCAUCAAAGCUCGACAGAUAUAAGAGGGUUCAGCGACGUCGCGCAGUGCUUCAAGCGCCGACAUCCAAGAGCGCGAUCACGGCGACUGCGGAUUCCUUUGAGGACUCCUCGAUUGACCUCGCCGACGAAAUCAUUGCAUCACCGGAAGAAACUGGCACAUCCGCAUCCGUGGUGAGCAAAAGUGUUAUAUUUUUAUUAUUAUUACGGAAGUCUAGCCUUGAGGCAUGUUUCGUUUCAAUCAGUGGCCUAGCCAGAAAUUUUGGAUGAGGCACGCCCUGGACACGGAAUAGGUGCUGAGUAGACAGGUGUUUACCUGUCGUGCUCGGUGUCCCAUAGUAAACAGAAAAAAAAUUAUUUGGGAGUGACACUUGCCCUGAUGUACCACCCUCUGGCCA